AUGGCUGCCAUGCUUGAGUUCCGAACGCAAGGCUACAACCCCUACGCCGUCAAGUACUCGCCCUACUACGACUCACGCAUCGCUGUCGCAUCGUCCGCCAACUUUGGCAUCGUCGGCAAUGGACGGGUAUACUCCCUGGGCUUGUCGGCGCAAGGCAUCCAGGUCGAGAAGACCUUUGAUACCAACGACGCCCUGUACGACCUGGCAUGGUCCGAGAUCAACGAGAAUCAGCUCGUCACAGCCUGCGGCGAUGGCUCCCUCAAGCUGUUUGAUCUGGGUGUCGACGAUUUCCCCGUCAUGAACUUUCACGAGCAUAAGCGCGAAACGUUCUCUGUCGCUUGGAACCCCGUAACCAAAGACUCGUUCAUCUCAAGCUCGUGGGAUGGCACCGUCAAGAUAUGGUCUCCCACGCGCAACCAUUCCAUCACGACACUGCCCAUUGGCAAUUGCACCUACAGCACCUCGUUCUGCCCCUCGAACCCCGCCUUGAUAUCGGCUGUCUCGUCCGACUCGCAUCUCCGCAUCUUCGACCUGCGCACGCCAUCCUCGGCCAAGUACCAUCUCGUAGCGACGGUGCCUGUGCACGCCGCGCCGGCCGGACCGACAGGCCCAGGGCCUUCAGCCCAGGCAGCCCCCGCCGAGGUGCUCACACAUGACUGGAACAAGUAUAACGAUACUGUGAUAGCAACAGGAGGCGUCGAUAGGAUCCUGCGCACUUUCGAUAUCCGCAGCCCAACGGCCGGUCCGCUGUCGUUAAUGCAGGGCCACGAGUACGCCGUGCGACGGCUUGCGUGGAGCCCGCAUGCCAGGGAUGUCUUGAUCAGUGCCAGCUACGACAUGACAGUGCGGCUAUGGCACGACGAUGCGGGACCGCCGCAGGACUUGGCCUUGGGCCCGCGCCUCGGGCAGCAGAUGGGCGUCAUGAACCGGCAUACAGAGUUUGUGACGGGCGUGGACUGGUGCCUCUUUGGCAUGGGAGGUUGGGUGGCUACCGUCGGGUGGGAUGAAAGAGUGCUGCUGUGGGACUCCAACAUGCUGAUGUCUGGGAGGUAA